AAAAAACAGAGAGGGGUCGGUUGAAAAGCCGUACAAUUCGUUGAUAUAAAUAGUAGCCACAUUCUACGUUAGGGAAGGACAGCUCCUUUUUCGAAUUUGAAAGAGGAGGAGAAGGAGGAGAGAUCUCUGUUUCGUUCGCUCUUUUAUCCGCAAUUUCGCUUUUUCUUCCGUCAGACACAAUUAUGGGGUUAUCUUUCACCAAGCUCUUUAGUCGGCUGUUUGCGAAGAAAGAGAUGCGCAUACUGAUGGUUGGUCUUGAUGCUGCUGGUAAAACAACCAUUCUGUACAAGCUCAAGCUGGGAGAAAUAGUCACUACAAUUCCCACCAUUGGAUUUAACGUGGAGACUGUGGAAUAUAAGAACAUUAGCUUUACUGUUUGGGAUGUUGGUGGCCAAGACAAGAUCCGCCCUUUGUGGAGACAUUACUUCCAAAACACUCAAGGACUCAUCUUUGUGGUAGAUAGCAAUGACCGUGAUCGUGUGGUUGAGGCAAGGGAUGAACUGCACAGAAUGUUGAAUGAGGAUGAAUUGAGGGAUGCUGUGCUGCUAGUUUUUGCCAACAAGCAGGAUCUUCCAAAUGCAAUGAAUGCUGCUGAGAUAACUGACAAGCUUGGACUUCAUUCUCUUCGCCAACGCCACUGGUACAUCCAAAGCACUUGCGCUACCUCUGGUGAAGGUCUCUAUGAAGGGCUGGACUGGCUUUCAAACAACAUUGCAAACAAGGCAUAGGCAACUUGAUUUGAGACUGAAUUGUGAGGGGCAGCAGAACAGACUUCUGAUCUUUGUUUGUUUAUUUGUUUUGGAAAUCUGUAGCUUCUGAAUAUUUCCUAAAUUUUUUAUUAUUCGUGAAUCUGUUUUUCUUUGGUAUGUGAUGAACACUGGUGCUGAAUUCUGAUGUUUAUUUGAGGUUACCGAUUAUUAUUGAGUAGUGAAAUGAGAGUAAAAACCAACAGCAAAUGUUUGAUCUUACAAAAAUGACAUUACAUGUUUUCUGAUUCUUGCUUUUCAAGAAUAUGCAAAAUUGAGUGCCA